AGUGAAGUAGUGUUACGUUUGUCAGAGCUAGAGACAAGAACCGCAGAGGAACUGACACACUUUGAUGCGGUUAGGUCGCCCAGAUAACAUUUUUAACGUUAAAUAUGACUCACAAUCUCCACUGAAGAAUGACACGGAAAUAUAAAUCCUGACACAUCACGCUUCAGUUUAGCCGAUCUGUCACAGUCCGAUCUCAACUAGACGGUUCAUCCUCCGUGUCUUCACCGACAGUCAGCUGAAUGGAACAACGGGAGCCGGGCCUCUGUGCCCCGGGUCGGUCUGCAGGCUGCGGAGCGGGGGUGUCCACCGGUCCGCCCACUAUGCGUCUGUCCAUCACCUCCACCACGGGCAGCCCGGUGGAGCUCACGGUGCCCCGAGGGGAGACCGUGGAGGGACUGAGAGCACGUGUCUCCCAGAAACUCCGGGUGCACACUGACAGGAUGUUCCUCCUGCAUAAAGACAGGCAACUGACAGCAGGGAAACUACUGGAUCUGGGUGUAGCAGAUGACAGUAAACUGACCCUUGUCCCUGUCAUUGAAGCAGGCUUGUCGACUCCCAGAGCUGACAGGAGUAUGAUGGACGUUUUGGAGAGUUUAACUGAGGUUCAGAUCAGUGACUUCCUGUCUGGGCGCUCCCCUCUGACUAUUAACAUGGGAAUCGGUGCCCACACGAUGUAUGUGCAGCUCCAGCUGUCUGCGCAGAAUGUGGCUGAGCUGCAGCGGAAACAGGACUCUAAGGUUCAUCACAGUUCAUCUCAUAACAGUGAGCUUCAACAUAACCGGCCUUCAGUCAUUAGGACAAAGCACCCUGGAUCUGCAUCCACCUCAAACACCAGCGCCUCCACUGUCUUGGACUCUCCUAACUCUGCAUCUCCAAUCCACUUUAACACCUCAAAACCUAGGAUUCCUUUCAACUCGACACAUUCUACCUCCCACUCAUCCAACAGUGUCCACCCUGUGAACUGCAAUCACCACUCCUAUUCUCCCCUCUCUAAACAUGCAUAUCCCCCUCAUCUUCCAACCUAUUCUUUGCCCUCUGAGUGCCCUCAUCCCAGUUCUCCACUGCCAGCGACCACUCCAGUCUUUUCAAAUGGUCCCACUGGUUCUCUUUCUGGACCCCCAAGUCCAGUCCCUGCCUCAACCUUCAAAGAGAGUAAUGGUCAUGCCUCAUCUACUGCUGAAUUCUGCAAAGAGUCAGGAGCUGUCAUAGAAAGUUUUGUCAACCACUCUCCAGGCGUGUUUUCGGGGACUUUCUCUGGCACUCUGGCCCCUCACAGUCAGACAGAGAUCAGUCACCCUCGACGUGGCAUUGCCAUCAUUAUCCAGAUCCUCAACGACCUCCUCAGAGCUGCCUGUCACCACCAGGGGGCCCCAGCCAACCUUCCCCACCUCCAUUGUCCACUUUCAGGCCUCCCACCACACAGUCCACAGGUCACAGCAGAUGAACCCAGAAGAACACAAACCAAACCACUGGUGACCCAGAAGACGGAUCCCUUCGGUAAAACACAAGGUGAGGAGAGCCACCACCUCCACUCAUCCAUGGAGGAGAAUCAAAUGCUGCACAGUAAACUAGAGCGCCUCCAGUUUUUGAUGCAUCAGAGGCGUCUUCGCAGACGGACUCGCAGAAGCUCGCGUCUCUCACAGGCGUCUCACCCAUACCGUUAUCCUUACUCGACCCCUGGACAGAAAAGAUCCUCGUACUGUCAGAGCAGCGGUAGCUCAUGGAUGAAUAAGGGCUCAUCCUCUGCAGAAUAGAACCAACAGAUCACUGUGGAACCAUCAAAAGCAGACCUGUGACCUUGUAAAGGACAGUGAAGUGAGCACAGCAUCAAAGAAGACCUCUUAGAGUCAAGGGCGACUUUGUGGAAAUGCUUGGUUGUUGGGCUGCGACUAUUAUUUUCAUCUUAAUUCAUCUGUCAGUUAUUUUCUUGAUUAAUCAAUUCAUUAUGUAAUUUAUAAAAUGUCAGAAAAUGGUGAAAAUGUCAUAGAGAAAGGAGAAACCACACAAAAAAAAACUAAUUUAAGAAUUUUUUCACAAAAGAAAAAUUCUCUGAAGAACCAAGUAUUAGAAUAUAUGGCAGUUCAUUUAAUAGUCGACAGUUGUUGCAGCUCUACUUGGUUGUUGUUUUUAUACUAUCAGCAUUUCUGAAACAUGCUUAAAGUAGCUCAAAGUAGUCUGCUUCCUCUUACUGUUAUUGUCCUGAGUGUGUUUUGUCGUCUGAGUCCGUCUUUUAAUGAAAUGGCUGUAAUCAUGUAGCAGUGUCACAAAGCUGACAUCUUGGUGUUCAUACAGACCUCUUAUUGUUUGUUUGUCCACAUAUUUCAAUGCCUUAACUGUUGUGAAUGUAAUCAAGCUACUAUGUUUUGUUGGAUGUUCCUCUGAAAUGUUUUACUUUUAUGCAAUAUUGAAAUGUAAAUGCAAAAGAAAGGAGUAAAAUAGGAAUAAAGAAAGAGUGUUAAA